CUGGCAUCAAUCUAUCAAUUUAUUGUUAUGUUUAGCUAAGUUUGUUUCGUUACGCUUUAAACAGUUUUAACCUGUAAAAUGGAGAGUAAAAAAUCAUUUGGACUUGUUAUUCCGAAAAAAGCUCAAACUCUUCGCCCCAAAAGUGGAGGAAUCUUCGGCUCUGAUAGUGAUGAUGACGUUACAACUUCAAAGAAAAAGUCUUCAAAGAUACCACAAUCGAAACCUAUUUCAUCCAAAAAAAUUAUUUCAAAGGAAGCAAUAGAUCCGAGCAUCUAUGAAUACGAUAGUAUUUACGAUGAUAUGAAAGCUGAAAAAGCAGCCGAAGUUGCACCUAAGGUACAAAAGUCCUCCCGCUAUAUUGAUCAUUUGUUAAAAGCUGCAGAUAAAAGAAAGAAAGAAUACGAACGACGUGUCGAGAAGAAGGUACAAGUAGAAAGAGAAAAAGAAGGCGACCAAUUUAAAGAUAAAGAAAUGUUUGUUACGGCAGCAUACAAAAAGAAAGUUCAGGAAAGAGAAGAGGAAGAAGAGAGAGAACGUCGUGAAAAUAUGUUGAAUGACAUGAUGGACGUGACCAAACAGAAAGAUCUGAGUGGAUUUUAUCGGCAUUUUCUGAAACAAACCGUAGGAGAAGAAAAAAUACCUGUUUUUGGUGAACGGACUGCUAUUAAAGAAGAGCCUAUAAGCGAUUCAGAAAGGGAACUGGCAGGUUCAUCUUCUAAAGAUAAUGUGGCAAUGAAAUCAGAAGAGAAUUAUGAUGAUAAAGACUUGACUGAUGAUGAUUCCUCUUCAAGUGAGAAUUCUGACCAGAAAGGUGGCAACAGUUAUGAAAAGUCAAUGCGGGAAUAUCGAAAGAAGCCCACUAAAUCCCAGUUUGUAAAAGAUAAAAAGUCUUCUCAUGUUGAAAACUCUAAAGAUUUAUCUAGCAGUGAGUCAGAACAGGAACAUAAUGAUACAUCUAAGACAAGUGUAAAUGAUAAACGGAAACGUAGAAGUUUGUCCAGAUCUGAUGAUGAUGUAUCAAAUGAUUCAUCAAAAGAAUCUAAAAUACAGAAAAAAUUUGUUAGUGUGAACUCUAAGAGAAAUGCAACAGAAGACCAAGAAACUGGCAACAAACAAAAACGAGUUAGGUUAGAUUCAGAUUCAUCUGAGGUGUCCGAAUCUUUGGACUCUGAGCUAAUCAGUGAUAAACACAUAACUUCAUCCGUAUCAACAAAUGGAUUGGAAAAAGAUCAUGAUGAUAAAGAGACUGGUGCAUGUAAAAAAUCAAGAAACAUAUUUGAAAAGCGAACAGUUGGUGAUGUAUUUGCAGCUGCACAAGUCAGAUACUUUCAGAGGCUUGCAGCUCGUUCUGGGUGAUUCAUAUAAAUGUUAUUUCAUGAAAAGUGAUCAAGGACAGAAAAUUUGGUUAUCAAAACAAAAUAAAUAUUGUAAAUGUAUUUUAGAAAAGCACCUAAAAAAUAAUAAAUUUCUUUAUAUCCAUG